AUGUCCGGCAGAAAUUUCAGUCCAUUUCGACCCCUGGUUACACUGUGCCCCCUCCACUGUGCAUCCCCACUACAGACUGUGCCCGUCCACUACAGACUGUGCCCGUCCACUACAGACUGUGCCCCCUUCACUACAGACUGUGCCCGUCCACUACAGACUGUGCCCCCUUCACUACAGACUGUGCCCCCUUCACUACAGACUGUGCCCGUCCACUACAGACUGUGCCCCCUUCACUACAGACUGUGCCCGUCCACUACAGACUGUGCCCGUCCACUACAGACUGUGCCCCCUCCACUAGACACUGUGCCCCCUCCACUACAGACUGUGCCCCCUUCACUAGAGACAAGACAGUGCAUCCCCACUAGAGACUGUGCCCCCUCCACUAGAGGCUGUUCCCCCUUCACUACAGACAGUGCAUCCCCACUACAGACUGUGCCCUCUUCACUAGAGACUGUGCCCCCUCAACUAGACACUGUGCCCCCUCCACUACAGACUGUGCCCCCUUCACUAGAGACAGUGCCCCCUUCACUACAGACUGUGCCCCCUUCACUACAGACUGUGCCCCCUCCACUAGAGACAAGACAGUGCAUCCCCACUAGAGACUGUGCCCCCUUCACUACAGACAGUGCAUCCCCACUAGAGACUGUGCCCCCUCCACUACAGACUGUGCCCCCUCCACUAGAGACAGUGCCCCCUCCACUACAGACUGUGCCCCCUCCACUAGAGACUGUGCCCCCUCCACUACAGACUGUGCCCCCUCCACUACAGACUGUGCCCCCUCCGCUAGAGACAAGACUGUGCCUCCUUCACUACAGACAGUGCAUCCCCACUACAGACUGUGCCUCCUUCACUAGAGACUGUGCAUCCCCACUAGAGACUGUGCCCCCUCCACUACAGACUGUACCCCCUCCACUACAGACUGUGCCCCCUUCACUAGAGACAAGACAGUGCAUCCCCACUACAGACUGUGCCUCCUUCACUAGAGACAGUGCAUCCCCACUACAGACUGUGCCUCCUUCACUAGAGACUGUGCCCCCUCCACUAGAGGCUGUUCCCCCUCCACUAGAGACUGUGCCCCCAUUAGAGACUGUGCCCCCUCCACUAGAAGCUGUACCCCCUCUACUAGAGACUGUGCCCUCUCCACUAGACAUUGUAACAGUCAGACGAUUCCAGACGAUGGAUCUGUAUCACGUGACGGUGUGUGUGUACUUCCUCUUGAUGUUUGGAGCCUCUGGAGCGGAUGGACCUACACGGGUAACCAUUGACAACAAGAGAGCUUUUAUUGCAAAUGGAACCAGUCGGUACAACUUGACCUGCAAAACAGAUUCUGUCACGGGGAACAUCACCUUUACAUGGAGAAACGAAACAGGCGGGCGAAAGAUUCUUAAAAACAGUUCCGUAUCAUCAGCUAACAAUGACGAGCUCUCUGAUUGGUUUUCAAUCAGUUCGAAGUGGAAUCAAAACAGAAAUAACAUAUCCUGUACGGCGAGGAACUCAAAGAUUCCAGGAAACCGAGUUUCCAACAGCACCAUUCUUGAUGUGACACAUGGACCUACACGGGUAACCAUUGACAACAAGGGCGAAUUUAUUGUAAAUGGGACGACUCGGUACAACUUGACCUGCAAAACAGAUUCCGUUGCGGGAACCAUCGUAUUUUUAAUAUGGAGAAACGAAACGGGCGUGCAAGAAGUUCUAAAUAACAGUUCUUUAAUAUCAGCUGAUAGCAACGAACUUUCUUACUGGUUUUCAAUCACCCCGAAGUGGAAUCAAAACACAGAUAACAUAUCCUGUACGGUGACGAACUUAGACAUACCAGGACACCGAGUUUCCAACAGCACCGUUCUAUAUGUGACACAAGCUAUCGAUGGUUCCACGUCUGACUCAGCACUAGUACCAGCUGUUUCAGGUGUCACAGUAGUUGUCAUUCUCGUGGUCAUCAUUGUCGUGGUCAUCGUCAUAGUCAGAAAGAGGAGGAAUUCAACAACAAACAAACAUGAACAUCCGGCUGUCGAAUAUGUGAACACUGUGAACGAUGUGAACAACGUAUAUGAUGUGAACACUGUGAACACUGUGAACACACAUGCUGAGGAGUCCCAUGUUUAUCAAACUCUGAACAAUUGA